GAGGACUAGGAGAGGAGGUCCGGAGGAGGAGGGGUUUAGAAUAGAUCUGAACAACAACAAGAACAAGAACUGAAGUAUAAUAGUAAUAAGCCAAAGGACAAAGCACAAAGCUAUUAUAUUUAGCAUAUCCAAUCCCCAAUCCCCAGUCUCUUAUCUUCUCUUUCUUUCUUUUCUCUCUAUACAGAAACCGAAACAGAACCAAAACCAGAGUCAGAAGAAGAAGAUGAAGGUGAUAGAGAAGAUCCAGGAGGCCCUUGGGGCAGAGCAUGAUAAUGAGAAGAAGGUGGUGUUCUCCUUCGAGUUCUUCCCACCAAAGACGGAGGAAGGAGUGGAGAACCUGUUCGAGAGGAUGGAGAGAAUGGUGGCUCACAACCCCGCCUUCUGCGACAUUACUUGGGGCGCUGGAGGCUCCACCGCCGAUCUCACUCUCGACAUCGCCAACCGAAUGCAGAACACCGUCUGCGUCGAGAGCAUGAUGCAUCUCACUUGCACCAACAUGCCUGUCGAUAAGAUCGACCACGCCCUCUCCACCAUCAAGUCCAACGGCCUCCAGAACGUCCUCGCUCUCCGCGGCGACCCACCUCACGGCCAGGACAAGUUCGUCCAAAUCCAAGGCGGCUUCGCCUGCGCUCUCGAUCUCGUCCAGCAUAUCCGGGCUAAGUAUGGUGACUACUUCGGCAUCACCGUCGCUGGUUAUCCAGAGGCUCAUCCGGACGCAAUCGGCCCUGAUGGCCUCGCUUCACCGGAAGCAUACCAGAACGACCUUACUUAUUUGAAGAGAAAGGUCGAUGCCGGAGCUGAUUUGAUAGUCACUCAACUAUUCUACGACACUGAUAUUUUCCUCAAAUUCGUCAAUGACUGUCGCCAAAUUGGAAUUAGUUGUCCCAUUGUUCCCGGAAUUAUGCCCAUCAAUAACUACAAAGGCUUCAUACGCAUGACUGGCUUUUGCAAAACAAGGAUACCAUCUGAGGUCACCGCUGCCCUGGAGUCUAUUAAGGACAAUGAUGAAGCUGUGAGAGCGUAUGGAAUUCACCUUGGAACUGAAAUGUGCAAGAAGAUUUUAGCCAGUGGCAUAAAAACAUUGCACCUUUACACUCUUAACAUGGAGAAAUCAGCAUUGGCCAUACUAACGAAUCUUGGUUUGAUUGAAGAACGCAAAAUAUCCAGGCCCCUUCCUUGGAGACGUCCUGCUAAUGUCUUCCGAGUCAGAGAAGAUGUCCGUCCCAUAUUCUGGGCAAACCGCCCAAAGAGCUAUAUAUCAAGGACUACUGGCUGGGACCAGUACCCACAAGGACGAUGGGGAGAUUCUCGCAAUCCUUCGUAUGGGGCUUUAACUGAUUAUCAGUUUAUGCGACCACGUUCACGUGACAAAAAACUUCUAGAAGAAUGGAGCAUCCCUUUGAAGAACGUUGAAGAUAUUCACGAGCAAUUUAAGAAAUUAUGCCUUGGAAAGUUGAAAAGCAGUCCUUGGUCCGAAUUAGAUGGACUCCAGCCUGAGACAAAGAUCAUAAAUGAACAGCUAGUGAAAAUAAACGGAAAGGGUUUCCUGACUGUAAAUAGCCAACCAGCAAUAAAUGGGGAAAGAUCUGAUUCCCCAAUAGUUGGAUGGGGUGGGCCAGGAGGAUAUGUUUAUCAAAAGGCGUAUCUAGAGUUUUUUUGCACGAAGGAUUCGUUGGACGCCCUUGUUGAAAAAUGCAGCAGGGGUUUCCCAUCUCUAACCUACAUGGCUGUGAACAAACAAGGGCACUGGUUGGCAAAUGUUGAUCAAACUUCUGUCAAUGCUGUAACAUGGGGAGUGUUCCCAGGAAAGGAGAUCAUCCAGCCAACUGUUGUGGAUCCUGCCAGCUUUACGGUAUGGAAGGCUGAGGCAUUUGAAAUCUGGUCAAGAGGAUGGGCUCGCUUGUACCCUGAGGUUGACCUUUCUAGAAAAGUACUUGAAGAGGUGGAGAAUAGCUACUUCUUGGUCAGCUUGGUUGAUAAUGAUUACAUCCAUGGUGAUCUUUUCGCCGUUUUUAAUGACUUCUGAGAAGUGCUGUUUCUUUCUCUUUCAAUCUUCAACAAGCCCUCUCGCUAUUAGUUGCUAUUGGAAAUGAUGCUUUGUUCUCUUUAGUUGGUUUAUAAUUCUAUUGUCCUUUGUGAAUUGUGUAAUAAUAACUUUGGUGGCAUGGGGGGUUUUGGUACCUCCCCUGCAAUCCGAAAGAUCAUGGAGCGUAUGACUUGUACUGGGUAACAGUAACAGGAAACCCAAACCCAAUUUCUGUGACUGUUGUCUAGCUUAUUCAAUGUCAUUGCAAUUUAUAUUUAUAUAUAUAUAUAUAUAUAUGGUUCUAUACAAAGUUAAGUUGAUCUGUAUCUUAAGUCACUCUCCAUUGUAUUGUAUUGUAUUGUAUUCAUUAUGCUGCUUUAUUUCGUCGCAGCAGUGGUAGCUCUCGAAAAGCCAAAGACAAUUGGACAAUACAAAGUGCAGCCUUAUAUUGACUGAA